GGGGAAAGCCAUCUGCCGUGACCGGUUGGGGUGAUGUUUUGAUAGGAGCAGAUCUCCAGUGGGUUUUUUUGCCAACGUCACUGGAAUAUUGGAGAGCCUUACAGCACAGCAGGCAGCAGGCCAAAUGGACGCUGUGCAUUGCAAAAGGGAUGAUCUGUCUUGGGUGCGCUACGCUUUGCCGAUGUAAACAGCUGCCUCCGCAUCCUGGACAAGAAGACUAUGUUGCAGCUGGCCGCGUGACGACCCAAUCCCAAGAGCGGACCAGCGCACGAAGACGCCGAGUUGCGAUGGCAGAUGAAACAACGCUGAGAGCUGAUGCAAAAGGCAAAGGGAGUGUAAACGGUGGUGAGGAGAGCUCCACAUGGGUUAAAGGAGAAAGAAUCGAAAGUGAGGUUCAAGUCAGCAGCUGGAGACUUGAUACCUCUACAGAAAUGGAGCCUGGGGAGACAAGCAGAGACACCAAGGCUAAGCUGCCUAGAGAGCGUGACGGCUCCGCUGCCCCUCUUUUCUCUUUGAAAAUGUACCUAAGGAGAUCCUCCUCUGCAGAAACGUACAGCACAGACUCUCUUUCCUCCUCGCAGCAAAGCAACACAGGAGUUGACUGUGCAGGAAUUGUCUUGAACUGUCUCUUCUGUCGGUUCUACGAUAUGAUCCACAUGCUACCUGACUCCUGCGAGGGACUCGCCAAUCACUGCUGCCCCAGCUACAAACACGUCAUUACCACAGCGGAGUCUGCAUCCAGCAGUGAUGAUGACUCAUACAUAGAUUUGGACUGUGGUGUGUUUGGUUCCUGUCAUGAUGCAAGUGACUGCCUGGAGCUGGCUAUGGAGGUUUCGGAAAUUUGCUAUCACUAGUAGGAAACUCGUAAUAUUCACCAAUAAAAGCAGAAACUUACCGUUAAACAUGUGACGGUUCAGUGUGACGUGGAGGAUUUCUAAGGGCUAAAAUACAAAUAAAUACCAGUGUGAUA